UGGGAGUUGUAGUCUCCCACCUCUCCGGAGCCGAUGCCUCCCCCUCCCCCCCCCAAAGUCUUUAUUCCCCUGUCUGGCGGAGGAGAAAAGCGACCUUCUGCCUCUCCCCGGAGCGCUGCAUCGGCGGCCCCGCCUGGAGCAGACGGAAAUCGGUGGGAGGUUUUCCCAAUGGAUGAGCAAAACCCAGCUGGCCUUGAAGGAGGAAGCGACCCCGAGCCUGGGAGCAGUGGGGAAUUCUGGAAAAGAACUGUGGAGAACAUCCUGGGAGAGGAAGAGACGCUCAGCUUAGAUGUCCAGCGCUGGCAUUUCAGGCAGUUCCGCUACCAGGAAGCUGAGGAGCCUCAAGAGGUUUGCAGCCGGCUCCACCAUCUUUGCCGCGAGUGGCUGAAGCCCGAGAGACACAGCAAGGCUCAGAUCCUGGACCUGGUGGUCCUGGAGCAGUUCAUGGCUGUCCUACCCCCAGAGAUGGAGAACUGGGUCAGGGAAUGUGGAGCAGAGACCAGCUCCCAGGCGGUGGCCCUGGUCAAAGGUUUCCUCCUGAGCCGGGCAGAGGACAGUAGGCAGGAAGAGCAGCAGGAGAAAGGCCUGCUUGCAGAAGCGAGCGCCAGAUUUUCUGACUCGGAGGAAGCUCUUCCGGGAGCGAGGCAGAGCCCCCCACAACGCGGGAUCGCCCCAGAGCGUGGCAGAGGGGCCACCUUGCUUGGAGAUGGGAUGAUGCCAGCAGCAUGUACCGGGUCAUCUCUCCCUGGUGGUGGAAGGGAUGGAGCUGCGAUGGAAAAGGAUCAGGAUUUGGUGACCUUUGAGGAGGUGGCUGUGUAUUUCUCUGAGGAAGAGUGGGCCCUGCUGGAUCCGGACCAAAGGUCCCUGCACAGGGAAGUCAUGGAGGAGAACUGGGAGAUUCUGGCCUCUCUGGCAGGUGAUGAAUGGGACAGCGAGGAAAAGGGAGACUCUCCCAGGAUGUCUCUGGAAAGAGACACAUGUGAGAAGAGGGAACAGCAGAGAAGGAAAACCGAAGCAAAUCAGAAGAUGAGGGGAAAAGCCUCUGCCUCUCAGGACACUGACUGCCACGAAAUCACAGCUCAGGAAGAAGUGGAUGAGAGACAGGAAAAGAACAGCCCUUCCAUGCUGAGGGAAACAGAGGAGAAACCAUAUCAGUGCUUGGAGUGUGGAAAGAGCUUCCAUUUCAGUUCCGACCUGACUUGCCAUUUCAGAACCCAUACGGAGGAGAAGCCAUAUGUAAGCCUAGAGUAUGGAAAGGGCUUUAGUGUGACAACAGGCCUCAUGGGCCAUCAAAGUAUCGACACAGAAGAGAAACCAUAUAAAUGCCUGGACUGUGGAGAGAGUUUCUGUUUGAUCCACUCGGUGGAGGAACCAUAUCAGUGCUUGGAGUAUGGAAAGAGCUUCACGGAGAAUUCAAAUCUCACUUCCCACCAAAGAACCCAUGUGAACGACAGAUGCCUGGAGCGUGGAAAGACUUUCGGUUCGAAUGCAGAACUGUCUUCCCACCGAACAACCCACAAAGGGGAGAAACCAUAUAAAUGCUUGGAAUGUGGAAGGAGCUUCAGCGGCAGAACAGCCCUCGUCUCCCAUCAGACGACUCACACAGGGGAGAAACCAUUUAAGUGCACCGAGUGUGGAAAGAGCUUCAGUCAGAAGGUAAACCUCACUUCUCAUCAGAGAACCCACACAGGGGACAGGCCGUACAAAUGCUUGGAGUGUGGGAAGAGCUUCCAUUUCAGUUCCAACCUUACUUGCCACCAAAGAGUUCACACAGGGGAGAAGCCGUAUGGAUGCCUGGAAUGUGGAAAGUGCUUCAGCGGGAGAACAGGCCUCAUUGCUCAUCGAAGUAUUCACACAGGCGUGAGACCAUAUAAAUGCCUGGAGUGUGGAAAGAGCUUCAGUCAGAAGGUGAAUCUCAAUACUCAUCAGAGAACCCACACAGGGGACAGACCAUAUAAAUGCUUUGAGUGUGGAAAGAGCUUCCGUUCAAGUCCGGAACUUUCUUCCCAUCAAACAACUCACACAGGGGAGAAACCCUACCAGUGCUUGCAAUGUGGAAAGUGCUUCAGCGUAAGAACAGGCCUCAUUGCCCAUCAAACAACUCACACAGGAGAGAAACCGUAUCAGUGCUACGAGUGUGGAAAGAGCUUCAGCCAAAAGGUAAAUCUUGCUUCUCACCAGAGAACCCACACAGGGGACAGGCCAUAUCAAUGCUUGGAGUGUGGGAAGAGCUUCCAUUUCAGUUCUAACCUUACUUGUCAUCAGAGAGUUCACACAGGGGAGAAGCCAUAUGGAUGCUUGGAGUGUGGAAAGAGUUUCAGUGGGAAAACAGGUCUCAUUGCUCAUCAAAGAAUUCACACAGGAGAGAAACCGUACCAGUGCUUGGAGUGUGGAAAGAGUUUCAUUCAAAAGGUGAAUCUCACUUCUCAUCAAAGAAUUCACACAGGAGAGAAGCCAUAUAAAUGUUUGGAGUGUGGAAAGAGUUUCCGUUCAAGUCCGGAACUUUCUUCCCAUCAAACAACUCACACAGGGGAGAAACCAUAUAAUUGUUUGGAGUGUGGAAAGAGUUUCAGUCGAAGCCCAAACCUUGCUUCUCAUCAGAGAAUUCACACAGGGGAGAAACCCUAUGAAUGCUUAGAGUGCGGAAAGAGCUUCAGUAGGAGCACAUACCUCUCUUCUCAUCAAAAAAAUCAUGUGGGGGAGAAGCCCUAUAAAUGUUCAGACUGUGGCAUGACAUUUUCUGUUAAAUCAAGCCUUGCUUCUCAUCAACGAAUUCACACGGGGGAGAAACCCUACCAGUGCUUGGAGUGUGGAAAGAGCUUCAUUCAGCGUGGAAUCCUGACUACCCAUCAAAGAACUCAUACAGGGGAGAAACCGUAUAAAUGCAUGGAAUGUGGAAGGAGCUUCAGUAGUCGCUCAACUCUUACUUUACAUCAAAGAUCUCAUACAGGGGAGAAACCGUAUACAUGUUCAGAGUGUGGAAAGAGCUUCAGUAACAGUAGCUAUCGUAAGUCGCAUCAACGAACUCAUACAGGGGAGAAACCUUACAAAUGUUUGGAGUGUGGAAAGAGCUUCAGUGAAACUAGUUCCCUCACCUUGCAUCUACGAACUCAUACAGGGGAGAAACCGUAUACAUGUUCAGAGUGUGGAAAGAGCUUCAAUCACACUGGUACCCUUACCUUGCAUAAAAGAUCUCAUACAGGGGAGAAACCGUAUACAUGUUCAGAGUGUGGAAGGAGCUUCAGUCAGAGUAGCACCCUUAAGUCGCAUCAAAGAUCUCAUACUGGGGAAAAACCGUAUACAUGUUCAGAGUGUGGAAGGAGCUUCAGUCAGAGUAGCACCCUUAAGUCGCAUCAACGAACUCAUACAGGGGAGAAACAGCAUACGUGUUUGGAGUGUGGAAUGAGCUUCGCUUACCGCAAUGCGCUUACUAGACAUCAACAAAUUCAUCGAGGCAACAAACCUUAUAAAUGCUGGGAAUGUGGCAAGAGCUUCAGUCGCAAUGACUCCCUUUCCUUACAUGAAAGAGUUCAUACAGGGGAGAAACAAUAUACAUGUUUGGAGUGCGGAAAGAGCUUCCGUCACAGUGCCAGCCUUACCUUGCAUCAAAGAUUGCACACAGGAGAGAAACCUUAUAAAUGUUUGGAGUGCGGGAAGAGCUUCUGUCAUGGUCGCCAACUCACGUCGCAUCAAAGAACUCAUACAGGAGAGCAACCAUAUACAUGUUUGGAGUGUGGAAGGAACUUCAGUCACCUUAGCGCCUUUAAGGUGCAUCAAAGAACUCAUACAGGGGAGAAACCGUAUACAUGUUCGGAGUGUGGAAAAAGCUUCAGGUGCAGUAGUAGCCUUACUAGACACCAAAGAACUCAUACAGGGAGGAAAUCUUAGAAAUGUUUGGCCUAUAGAAAGAACUUAUGUGACAAGGACUCCCUUACUAACCUGAAAUGAACUUGUACAAGGGAAACAGAAAGGUUGGAGUGUGGGAAGAUAUUUAAUCAUAUCAAAUAACGCCUAUAGAGAGUAAACCAAUGAUUGUGUUCAGAAUUAGAAUUUGCUUCCAUUAGAAUAUUUAUUCCUUUUAGUGGCUGUGUUGCAGAUUGUUCUCCUGAUCAGAGUUAAAUUUACAUAGCUAUGUUCUGUUUUCUUUCCCAUGUGUUAUUUCCCGUGUAUUCAUCACUUGUUUAUAGUGUUGCUUUAAUAUUUCUCCCAUCCCCAAGAUUUGUUAAUCUGGUGUGAAUUGAUCUGAUAUUUUCAUAGACACAAAUGCAUUCACUGGUAUUCUGUUGACGUAUGUAAAUGAUGUAUCUUUGCAAUGAGAGUAUAGCCCCUCAGAUCACAGCUCUAAUGAACAAAUGCUGUUGAAAA